UAUAUUAUAAAAAAUAGUACACUGGCUUUUUAAAUGAUAUACUUAUUUUGGACGAAUAAGAAAAAAGUGCACGCUUGUUUCCGGAUGGCCUGAGUAUCAAAAGUGGUGGAUUUUUAUUUUAAUUUUUUUUUUUUUUUUUUAUAAAAUUCUUAUAUUUAUCAUUUAAAUGAUGUGCUGGUAACUUUGUCAUUUUCCUUGCAUUAUAUAUUUGUCAUUUUUAUUUUUAUUUUGGUAUGUAGCAAAAACCUAUUAACGGUCUUAUUUUGAUAUUUUCCGUCUUUGCCUCCUACGCCUCCUUUCAAAUUUCACAAAGUCUCAUAGUAGCCCUCUCUCCGUCUCACACACCACACAGAACAGACAACAGACACAUCUCCACAAAGCGGUCCGUUGAAACACUUGAUCUCUGGUUGUUACGCUUGGGUAUAUAAUCUUUCAGCCGUGUCUGGUCUGUAUAGUGAAGGGUCCCAUGUCUGUGUUGUGUCGUGUCGACACAGAAACCCUUGCCAGCGCUGGUGAGUCCAGGUAACAUGAAGGCCUGAGUAUUGAAGGAAUACUUGAAGAGCACUGCAGACAACUGAAGUUGACUUGGAAUCCCCACGACAAAACAACAAGAAAUCAUUUGCAAGGCAGAGAGCCUAGUAUUUGAGUUUCUGCAUCAGCAAGAGAGAAGAAACAUGGCAACUCACCUCACUCAAAGUCAAAGGCGGCUGAUUAUUCAGGAUGAAAACUUGGGCACCCACCACAAAAAGGCUGUGAUUGAUGGAAAAAUUAAGAGUUCUAAGCCUGUUGUUAAGAAAGGUGGAAUGGGCUUUGGAAAUCGUAAGGCUCUUAAUGACAUUACGAACAAGUCAUCACUUCAUCCUGAAACAUCAUCAAGGAAGAAGAACUUACCUAAAGAGGAGCCCAAUAAUAUUACCGAAGAAAUGUUUUUGCAUGAUCACAAGAAGUGCAUUGAGGCACAACUAACAGCAAUGAGUCCUUCUUGUUUCUUGGACUUAGUUCUUCCUGGACAUGAUUCUGUACCAUCUGUUGAAUUUUGUGAGUCUAAACCAUCCAAGAUUGAUAUUGAUAGCCUCCGCUGCUACCCAGAACCAAUGGAAUUGUCCAUGUCUGAAUUCUCUGAUUUGUUAGUGUGGGACUCUCCACAAUCUUCUCCAUUACACUUGGACUCUCCGCCUUCCUCUCCUUUUGCACGGGAGAACGAGCCGGUUGAAUUUCUGCUGAAGGAAGAAGGUUGUUGAAUUUUUCUUCUUUGCUUCAGUUUCUUUGUCCAUGAUAUGUGUUUUUCUAACUACUAAUUGUACAAGGAAAUGUGACUUCUUUGCUCCAGUGUCUUUGUUGAUGAUAUGUGUACUACUAAUUAGAUAAGCAAAUGUAACUUCUUUGCUCCAGCUUCUUCGUUGAUGAUUUAUGUUUUUAAAUACUAGUUGUACAAGCAAACAAUUUCUUACAUUUUUAUCAGAGCUUUUUCAUGCUUGUCUAAU